UGCAGUGAAUGCUCUAAAACUUUUUCAAAAAAGGUCUUGUUUAGAAGACAUUUGCGAUCACAUAGUAAUGGAUAUCAGUGUGAUAUUUGUGGGAAAACUCUCAAAACAAAAGACUCCCUUUACCAUCACCAAAGGGGUCUCCACACUAAAGAUAAACCAUAUAAGUGCAAGCAGUGCAGUGCAACAUUUAAUUUUCAUCACAGUUACAAACUGCAUGUUCAGCGCCACAAAGGUGAACGCCCGCACAAGUGUCAGACCUGCCAUAAAACAUAUCUCACAUCAAAUCACCUCAAGGUCCACACUGAAGCAGCUCAUGGGGUUGGAAGCAUAAUAUGUCACAUAUGUGGUAAGGCAUUUUCAUACAGCUGUAGCCUGAAGCAGCAUCUUCAAAAGCACUCUGGAGAAAGACCUUUCCCAUGUGAUAAGUGCAGCAAAAGUUUCCCAUCAAAACAGUCUCUCAGGGCUCAUUCAACAUCUCACAUAGAUGUCAAGAAUUUCUGUUGUGAACUUUGCGGUAAAUCCUAUAAAUCUGAACAUACUAAGAAUGCACACAUGAAACGUCAUGGCAAACAGCAGAAACAGUUUAUGUGUGAGCUGUGUGGGAAAGCAUUUCUUUUCAAAAGUUCUCUCCAAGCUCAUAUGAACAUUCACAGCAAAGCUCGUCCAUACGCAUGUCUCACGUGUGGGAAAGCUUUUAAGUCUAAAGCUUCUUUAUAUACUCAUAAAUAUGUGCACAGAGAAUCUCAAACUUUUUUAUGUACUCUUUGUGGGAAAGCUUUCAAAACUAAAAAUUGCUGUGCUGCUCAUAUGAAGCGCCAUGAAAAUGAUGCCACAUAUUCAUGUUCACAGUGUGGUAGCACAUUCCCAGAUAAAGGAGGCCUGUCUAAACAUGUCAAAACUAUUCACGUUCCUAAAAAACAUUUUAUGUGUAAAAUUUGUGGUAAAAAGGGCACCAGAGGAGACAAUAUGCGGACACAUGUGAAAAGUCAUAGAAAUGAGGUUACUGAAACAACCAAUCCUGUGGAUUUUAUUCUAGAGGAGGAUAUUCCAGUCAGUAAUUCUGGGCAAGGCUUUGUUAACAUAAGACCACGUUUGAGAGGUCCUAAACAGCAGGGGUCCAGAAGGCUCUACAUAAAAAAUGUGACUGAUGAUUCUAAAGACACUAAUGAGCAUCAGUACCAAGAUGUUCAAACAAAAACUGGAAUUACAUCUGCAGACAACAUAAGUAAGUCUGAACUACCUGCUCUAUCAACUCUACAACCUUCCUUGUUAAAUUUGCCACUUAUGGAGCAAGGGCAUUACAAUACUCACUUAUCUUACAUAACCGACGACGAUGCAUAUAUGCAAGACAUUUCUGCAGGUCAGAUCUCAGGCUUGCAGUCUGGUGGCAACCACCUUCAUUCCCACCAAGAUAUUGAACUUUAUCCACUUGAUCAAAGCAAAGCAUCUUAUUAUUAUAUUCCCCAGCAAAAUGAGCUCACUGUCUCAGAUAAUAACCCAGGAAUUUGUUAUGGACCAAUGGCAAGUUUGCUGUCUGCCAUAAAUCCAAGCUCAGAGCAGGGCAAAGAUAUAUCCGAUUCUGCUUAUCAAAAUACACUGACAGCUCUUCAUGCUGUAACAAGACAAGAGAGUUCAUUGUCUAUUUCCGGCGUAUAUUCUGACACAGAACAAGGGAAUAUAUCAAAACUUCAGCAAAUGCUCAAUCAAGAAAGUUCAAUGCAUACAUCUAGUUAUCUUGUUGGUCACCUCCACAGUGACCCCAAUUUACAUGAAAGGCGUGACCAGGAUUUCUAGCAAAUCUCUUACUUCAUAUUUUAAUUCAUAUACAAUUUGUGUUACAAAUAAACUGGUUUUAUUUAUCAAAUGUCUUUAUUAAUUAGUUGUGUGUGUCCACAUGAUAGAUUUCUGCAAAGAUUGUUUGUACUGGG